UGACUCUUCAUCCUCAAUAAAAAAAAAAAAAAACUUGCAUCCCCUGCAACAACACGGCUUGAUAGGGCGCUUUCUGCAACCACACUGAACUCUGAACCCUCCCAAGCUUGUCUGCUGUGCUGCUGCUCCUGGCCGUGGAAGAACGCAGCCGCUCCGUGCCAUUGCUGCCAUUGCUCCUAGUGGAAGAAUCCAUCGCAACGCAUCUGCGGUUCCGACUUCUACCAUCUCAAGACUCAAGUUUCUUUCAAGUGUGACUUCGCCGCACCCGGUUGCCUUCUAUCAUCAAUUGUUUGUUGACUUCAUUCAACCGAAAUUUUGCUGAUGAGGUUUGUGAAGCCGUACCAAUUGUUUCUUAGUACGAUGAAGGAGACUAAGAGGAAACGAGGGCGAUUACUCGGUUUAGAUGUUGGCGAUAAAUAUGUUGGGUUAGCUGUUUCAGACCCUGAUAACAAAGUUGCCUCACCUCUCAGUGUUCUGGUCAGGACAAAGUCAAAUAUUGAUUUAAUGGCCUCUGAUUUUAAUCUACUGAUUUCUAAAUUUUCUUUGAAGGGUUUUGUUAUUGGUGUUCCUUUUGAUAGGCAACGAGCUCAUAAUGAGGCUGUACUAGUAAAGGCCUUCAUAGAUGACCUCAGGGGAACGGGAAAGCUUGAAGGUCUACAAUUUACAUAUUGGAAUGAACGCUUCACGUCAAAGAAUGUAGAGUUGCUUCUAAGGGAUUUGGAUAUAAGUCCAUUUCAAUCCAAGACUAUUCUUGACAAGUUUGCUGCUGUUGGAAUACUUCAGGGGUACCUGGAUUUUGUUAAUAGAAGAAUGAAGCAGGCCGAAGAACUCGCCAAAUAAUGGAAGUGCUUUCAAGCUUUUCAACCUUGCGAUAAACAAAUUUACUUGAUUGUAACUUGUCAAAACGUUUUUUUUUUUUUUAAAUUCUUGUAUAUGCUUGUAUAAGAUGUUUGUGUUCGUCUUGGCUAGAUUAGUUUUUGGGUCUUUUAAGUGUACAUGAGAGUUUGAAUCUUGAACCUUUUUUUUUUAUAUAUAUAUAUAUCCUGAAUCUUGAACUUUCACCUGCA